CGGCUCUCCAGGUAGAGAGCUGGCUAGGGAACUACCGCUCCCGGGAUCCCCUGUGGUCUCGGCUCCAGGGCGGGAUCCCAGCAACCGGAGGGUGAGGCUCAACUAUAUAUGAGUGCUGUACUAAACAAUUCUCCAGUAUGUGAAGGUGAAGACGGAAUGACUUUUAUAAACUAAAUAACUGGAGCAAGAGGACUGUUGGAAGCCAGGAAAUGGCUGCACUACCCAAGAAAGGUUUAAAAGGUUCCAUCCAUGACGUGUUCAGUGACCUCUUGGGAGACGACGAUGAAAUCCCCAUUAAAUCCAACAAGCCUUCCCAGCUCUCUGGGGGCAGCGGAGGGAGAUCCAGGGAAAUCGUCUCCAGGACCAGCAAAAAGUCCAUUUUGGAAUGUGGUGUCUUCAGCAAGAUGGCUGCUGAGGAAGAUGCAGGAGCAGAGGGAUCUGACCUCUCAGAUGUAGACCCACAAGCUUUGCUGGAGACCCUGAAGGAUAUGGAUGACAUGGAGGCUGAUCUCCUAGGCAUAAAGAAGUCGAGCUCUGGGGCUGGGAAGACAACAGCAAAGGGAUCAGAGAAACUUGACUCCCAAGGAGUCCAAGCAAAACCUGCAGGGAAACUAACAACUGCUGAGAGAGGGGAAUCUGCCACUGGAAAUGAAAAGAAACCUCUCUCCACACCCACCACCCUGCAGCGGCAGUACAGGAAGUUUUCUUUCAAAGAUUUAGAUGAUCCUUUGGCAGGGCUUUUAUCUGAUGAGGAGGAAGAUGCUGCUAAGAAGUUGCCUUCAACAGGCACCAAAAGUAGCCCUGAAAGACAUACUGGACCAGCCAAAGAGAAAGGGAUGUCUCUCUCGUCGGCCCCUGGCCACACUGUCACCCCCAUGCGGAGGAGGGAAGAGUUGACAUUUGAAGAUGAUGGGGAUGACCUGAUGGAUGCGCUGGGGUUUGGACAGAGUCCGAGGGGCGAGCUGAAGCAAGAGAGGAAGGGAGAGGAGCAAGAGCCCCGCCCUGCCCGCACCAAGCUGGAUGAGUUGUUGGGAAGUGGGACCACAGCCAAACUCUUGGAGCGACCGGCCACAGGAGAACGCAAGGAGUUCAAACUGGAUAAAAAGUACCAACAACAGACCAAUAAGGAAGACAUUUGGGACAAUGAGGAUUUCACCUUUGGUGCCUACCAGCCCACCCUGGCCUCCACCCCCGAGGGCCGACAGUCAAGGCGACAGUCUGUCAGGUUUUCAGCAGAAAAUAUCAAUGAACUUAAAAUGGACCAACGAUCCAAACCGACCACUCCAGCUAACACGAGCCCCAUGCGAGGCAGUAAGACUGGAGCUGACUGGCUGGGCUUGAAAGAUGAGGACUUUAUCGACUUGGAGCCUUCAUCUUCAGCCAGAGAUGCCACCAAAGAUAGUUCUGCAGCAACCCCUUUGAAUACACCAUUCAGCCCCCCAGCCACCAGGCGGCCCAGCCCAGCUAGCCAGCUCCUUCCUAGGACAAAGUCAGCUGCCGAGGAAGCAGCAGCUAAACCCAGAGCGCUGGAGGAGGAGGAGGAUAGCUGGCUGAGUAAUGCCUUGUCUCGAAAAAAAUCCCAGGUGCAAGGGAAGGUCAAGGAGAAAGGGGCUGGCCCCUCAGGCUCCCUGCAACAGGACGGCAAGGUGGACCCCAUCACUGUCACCAGCCAACCAGCUUCCUCUGCAAAAGAACCUCCGCAAUCUGUUGUCCCAGAAGAUAAAUCCAGCAGGAUGGAAGACUCAGGGUAUCCUGUUCCGUGGCUAACUACUCAGAAACAAGCCGCAACUCUUACAUCUGAGUUCAGGAAAGAGGCACCUUCUGGAGACACCAGCAAUGCCGCUCCCGCAGCUUCUCUCCAAGGACACCCAGAAGUUCUGAGGCCUUCCACACUAACUCAGGUUGCCAUGUCUGGGGCUCCUCUCCCGCAGGUUUUACUGCAGCAGCAGCUCCUGCAGGCUGAGCCCCUGGCACUGAGCUUGCUGAAUGCCGGCGAGAACGAGAAGAGGCUGGCAGCUUUGCAGGCACAGCUGAGGGAGAAUGUGGCUGGGCACCAGGUGGAGCUGCUGAGUGCCCAGACUCGACUCACGGAGCUGGAGAGCCAGGUGCGGAAGCUGGAGCUGGAGAGGAAUCAGCAGAAGCUGCUCCUGGACAGUUUACAGCAGCAUCAUCAGGAAGACUUGGAGCUCAUUGAAAAUGCACACAGGAGCCGUGUGAAGGUGAUUGAGGAAUCUUCCCGGCAGCGCGAGGCGAGAUUGCGGCAGGAGAAUGAGGAACUGGCAGCGCAGUACCUGGCCCACUGCCAAAGCGCAGAGCAGGCCAAGUCUGAGCUCCUGGCCCAGCAGCAGUGCAGGCUGGCAGAGCUGGAGCAGGAGAAGGCCCAGGAGGUGGCGAGGCUGCGGGAGCUGCAACGGGUCAUCCCCUCUGGAUCUCACAGGCUGUCCAUUCAGGAGAUGCGCAAAGAUCAUGAAGAGCAGCUACAGAGGCUGAAACGACUGAAAGAUCAGGAGAUUGACGCGGUAACCAGUGCCACCUCCCAUACCAGGUCUCUGAAUGGUGUCAUUGAGCAGAUGGAGAAGUUUUCCAGUAACCUGAACGACCUCUCCUACAAAGUGGAGGCUACUCACCACAACACAUCACAGGAGCUCGAGAUUGGAGCCCGUCAACGGGACGAACAGCUCAGGGUGCUGCAGGACAGACUGAUGCGGCAGGAGAGGGACAUGGAUGAAGAGCGGAGCCGGCUGCAGGAGGUCAUUGCUAAAAUGGAGGCCAGGUUGAGCGAGCAAACUCGUCUCCUGGAGCAGGAACGCUGGAGGGUGACGGCAGAACAAUCCAAAGUGGAAUCGCUACAGCGCUCACUAGAAGAACAGCGGAGGGUCAUGACCCAGCAGCUGGCCAUGGAAAGGGAAGAGCUGGAGCGGGCAAAGAACGUCUUGCUGGAGGAGCAGAAGUCGGUUAUGCAGAAGUGUGCUGAGGAGCGUCGAAAGCUCGCCAUGGAGUGGUCAGAGUUCCACACCCAACAGAAACUGAGCAAAGAGCGGACAGAGCGUGACGUUGACCGCGCCCUCCAGAUAGACUCCCAGAGAGAAGGGGCCAUCAUGACCCUGGCAAAGGAACAAGCAGAUCUGAAAAUCAAGGCCAGUGAGCUGAGGGCUAAGGAGGAGCAGCUGGCUAGAGAAAGGGAAUCUCUGGAGCGAGAGAGGCAGGAGCUGAGACUCGAGAAGGAAAGGGUUAACGUCGCUGCUGUACACGUCAAACAGAGGGCAGAGGAGAUUGACAGCAUGAGCAAGUUGUCCUCGCAGAAGUAUGAGGAGGGGGAGCAAGCCCUGCUGGAGGCGAAGAAAGUGGAGUCAGAACACCAGACGAGGCUGCGUACCAUGGAGCAGCAGCUGGAACGGCUGAAGCAGCAGGAGCAGCACCUGCACCAGGAGCGCCAGAACCUGGCUCGUCAGAGGAGACAGCUUGAACAGCUGCGAGAGGAGCUUUCCAGCAGCCCGGUGCAGUUCCUGACCAAACCCCUGGCAUCUGCAUCAAGUGCUCCCUGCACCACACAAUAUUUCCCCCCUCCUGUUAUCAGCUUACCUCAGCACAACUCUGGCAGCACAGGGGGCACCUUGGGCACAGCAGGGGCGGGACCCGCAGAGUUGUACGCCAAACUAGUGCUGCUGAAGCACACAGCUGCACGGGACCGGGAUUUCUUGGAAGAUGAGCAGUUCUUUCUAAACACCCUGAAGAAAGCUUCCUACAACAUGUCUUCUGAGACAGCAUGAGGCGCUCAGCCCCUGGCAUUGCUGAUGCUGCUGGGUUUUUCUACAAGGAAGACAUGGGAUUUUCUAAUGUAUAGUCUUUUUUUUAAAAUGCAAAAAUGAAUGGACUGAAAAUUGUCAGAUACAUUCAGCAAGGAAGCAGUUAGUUUAAAAAAACACAAAAAUGUUGUGAAUUUUGUACUGUGUCUACUGACAGGCCUACAGCAUAUGGUCCUCCAUUACUCCAGCUGUCAGCCCUUCAGCACCUUUCAAUAUCCAUUGCUCUCUCUGGGUUUUAUGUUGUCAUCUAUCUCAGAGUGUUGAAGCACCUUCCACAUACAACAGCCUGGCAGCAGCAAAGGGAGAGGGAGUGUCUGGCUAGGAGGCAGGGGGGAUUUGGGGCAGAGG